UUUGUUUUUGUUGAGUGCAGUAUCUUGGGAGCGCACGUGUGUAACGAGCGCAGGUGUGUAGAUCGGCCGCGGCUCUACGUUGGCUCGACGCCUUUCCGAAGAGGUUCUACGAAAAUCUGCAUUAUUAUUAAGUGAUCUGCGCGCGGGCGGCACCAUGAGCCUGGUGUCGGCAGCCCGCCGCCUGGCGGCCUCGGUCACCGUGGAGCCGGUGCUGCUUCUCUUCAUGGUCGGCUCGUACAUGCAGUACACGGCCAUGCAGUCGCUCGUCUACGCCAAGACGUGCCAGGGCCUGUUCAGUCCGACCGUGUGCAACAACCUGCAGCUGGACGAGUACAGCGCAGAGCGGGACGCCGUGCAGGACGGCGCCUCCUACUGGAUGCUGUACUCGAACGUGGCGCUGGCCGUGCCGUCAGUCAUCAGCGGCAUCUACCUCGGCACCUGGAGCGACGUGUUCGGUCGCAAGGCGCCGCUGCUGCUGCCGCCGCUCGGUCAGGUGCUGGCUGCACUCGUCUACAUGGCCAUGUCGGCGUAUGACUCUGUGCCGGUCGGCUUCAACGUGCUGGCCAACCUGCUGGCAGGUCUGCUGGGCGGGUUCAGCAGCAUGAUCAUGUGCUGCAUGUCCUACCUGUCGGCGGUCACGGUGACCCGGCAGCGCACCACGCGCGUCUCCGUGCUCGAGUCCAUGUCGUUCCUGGGCGGCUUCAUAGGGCCGUUCGUCGGCUCGGCCAUAUUCGAGGGCGCCGGCCGCACGUGGAACUUCACUGCGCUGGUCAUCGUCAACUCGGCCAUCGUGUUGUACGUGGUGAUCCGCGUGCCGGAGGUGCCGCCGCCGCGCCAGCCGCCCGCCGGUGGCUCCGCCUGCCAGAAACUGGCCAGGGUGUUCAGCCUGCGGUACCUGUGGGACGCCGUGCGGGUGGCGUUCAAACCCCGCGCCGACUCGGGACGCCGCUACAUCCUGAUGCUACUCGUCGUUGCCUUCAUCAUCAUGAUCAACACGUUCGGAGUGAACGAUGUCACGUAUCUGUACCUCAGCGAUAAGCCUCUGAGCGUACGGGACGCUACGUACUCGGGGUACUUUGCCUUUAACCACGCGGCCGGCUCCGUGGCUCUUAUCGUGGGUAUGCCUCUGUGUCGUCGCUUCUUUGACCUGCGAGACACCACGCUCUCUGCCCUGGGCAUCAUCUCCAAGAUCCUGGGCCUCAUCUGGCUCGGCUUCACCGUCAACGUCGGCGUGUUGUUCUGCGUGCCGGUUGUGUCGAUGGUCAGCACUUUCUGCAUCCCGCCGAUCCGGUCUCUGCUCUCCAAACUUGUGGAGGCCGAUGAGCAGGGCCGGGUGUUCUCACUGCUGAUGGUGGCCGAGAGCCUGUGCUCGGUGCUCGGCUCGGCUCUCUACAACAGCGUGUACCCGGCCACGCGCGGCUGGCUGCACGGCCUGGUGUUCCUGCUGGGGGCCGCCACGCUGCUGCUGCCCGCCGGUUUGCUGUACUACGUCCACCGCCGGCUGAGGAGCGGCGCCGUGGAGCGCGUCCAGCCGCCGGCCGCCGGCGACCGCGAGCAGCUGGCCGGCACGGACACCGCGCCCGCCACCGAGGAGGCACCGCCGCCGCCGCCGCCGCCCGGUCUGGCCGCCGUCCCCGCUGCCCUGUGAAAGCCACGGCAGAGUGGCUGGUGAGGUACUCACUGUGAGGUGAACUGGCCCGCUGUUCUGUGAGAGCCACGGCAGUGUGACUGGAGAGGUACUCACUGUGAGGUGAAUUGCCCGAACUAGUCAGAGUAGAUAUGACCUUGUGACGGAUUGAAGAGGUGUGUGAGGUCAGCGCUGGCGGCAAGGGAUGGAGGUGUAACAGCCCGGCUCGCGGCAGUGAUAUUCCGAGUGAUUUGGUGCCUAAGACCACCUGUUGUCCUCCAAGACCAACUGAUGAUGCGGUCUCGCUAGACCAAUGAUGUGGUGCACGUAGACAAACCGAUGUCGUCCACCUAGACCAACUAAUACGGUCCUCGUAGACCAGUUUAUGUGGUCCUUAGACGAACUGAUUGUGAUAACGAGCUCAAGGCCCUUCCGCAACAGUCAGCGGAUCGUCUUCACGUCAGAGAAACGUUACUCAAGUCCCUCAAAUAAGCGACUAGACGUGAGUCCGAGUUAGAACUCGGAAGUCAUUGGCUUUCCUCAGUCGACUGCUAUGUGCGUCGGCAACCGUAGUUUAUGUAACUGGUGAGUGGCCAGAAAGGUCAGUUGAGAUUGUGAGGCCGGUUAGGACCAAGGCUGUUGACAUUAAAUAUCGCCCUUUUAUAGAUCUCUAUUGGGGAUCAUGUAGACAUUGUAUUUUUGAAGUUGAUGAUAAUAACAGGAAAUGAAGGAUCUGUCUGCUUAAUGAAUAUUUAGAAUAGCAAUGAAUAUUUAGCAAUGAACACGUAUUUUUAACACUGGGCUGUCUUCCAGUAACAAGUAAGAUAACAUUUUGCAUGCUUCUUGCAAAGUGAAGUAUAAUGGAUUUCACAAAAGAUGUUUUUGGAGCAGCGUGUGAUAGUGAGUAUCUCUGAGGCUAUGGAAUGAUAGUCUGUGUAUAAUUUGAUGUUUCACUUUGUUGAACGUUCAUUACUCUAAACUCGGCUCCACUCCGCUACUUGGACUGCAACUAGGUUUUACUGGUAUAUUUACACAAGCUGAAUGCAAUAAUUCGUUGAGGGCAUUUCAUAGGAUGCGUACCGAUGUUGUGUUUACGCAUACUACACCUUCAUUUUGUCUCAUUUUAGCGAGAUCUUGUGAUUCUCGCCGGCUCAAAAACCGAUUGUAGGAUGUGUAAGAUGGCCGUGACUGGCGAGCACAAGCACAAAGUGAUGAAUUAUAUUAUGCUGGACCAUUUUGAACGGAUGGUAUGGUGCGUUGUAAAUAUAUUGACUGAAAUAUUU